CAUAUCUUCAUCCUUUAGACCAAUGAAAACUUUCGCUGGUUUCCAUAGAAACAAAAUCAGUGCAGGUUGAACAUAAACUUUCUGACAGAGCGAUGGCACAGAGAAUGAAAAUUCCGAAAGCUGUUUCCUGGAUCAACGACCAGCACUGGGGAGCCUGGGACCUGUGGGACGAGGUGAUCGACUGGGGAGAGAGGAAAGGUUUGGAGGAGUGCUCACCAGCGACACCCCCCACUGUCCAGGCUGGGGAGGUUAUGGCGGGACUGGGAGGUGUGACUGACUGGUGUAAGGGAGGGGAGGGUGUGAGAGUGAUAGGCAAUGCUGGCAUUUUCUCUGAGACUCUUCAGGAAAAUUACGGCCUGACAUCUGAAGAGUGGGAAAUUUAUAAGACGUAUUACCUUCACAAAAAGAAGAAGGUGAGGAAGAAUAGGACCAGUCAGGGGGUAGGUGAGGUAAAGGGUGAGGUUAGUGGGGAAAGGGUGGAGGUGGCAGAAAGGGAAAGACAUGUGGGUAAGAUCUCCGGUGUACAGGUGGAGGGUGCAGACCAGAAUGUAGGCAUUAAUAAAAUGCAAAAUGGAAGCAAUGGGAAGCAAGGUGAGGUGGGGGUAAAUGUGAAGGUGGUUAAGGUGGAGGGGGGGAAUAUUACCCUAAAGGCAGAGGAUACGAAAGGAAAUGUGAAGGUGGAGGCUUUGCAAGUCCGAGUGUGUGAGUUUGGGCUUGCAGAAGUAAUUUCUGGGGAUGUAAAUUUUGAGAUUGUGGGGGUAGAAGUAGGGGAGGUAAUUAUUGAGGGUGUGGACAUGGUGAGAGAUGUAACCAUAUUGGAAAUAAUAGUAAGUGAUGUACUAGUUGAUAUUAUAAAUAGAGAAAGAGGUAAUGAGGAAACUGGCGGUGUAGAGAUAGAUGUGGGUCAGGUAGAGAUAGAAGAUGUAGAAGUGGUGGAAAAUUAAUAUUAAAGUUGAGCUUGUAGAGCUCUUGACACAGAAAAGAGCCAAAAUACAAGGAAGAUGAAGUUGUGGUUCUUCCGCUGCUGUUUGGGGAACAUUAGAUGUUUGAAACAGUAUCAAAGAUAAUGAAUUAAGUGUGAUCAAUUUUGAGAUGUAUAGUGGAAUGUUUAUUAAUAAUUCUUAAUGUGGUGCUGGGGGGGGGGGGGCACUCCUGCAUGCCCUUAUUGCUCCCCUGGGCCGGACACCACAUUUCAUACAACACUAGGGCUUUGAGGGGCAGUGGGGAGGUUUUACUUGUACAUUAGACACCACAUGACACUAGGGCUGAGGAGGUGGGUUUAGGCAGGUGGGGCUCUGCCGUCUGCCAGCGGUGGGGUGCCCGUGCCUCGACUGUUCACCUGCUUUUUGCACUUUAGUUAUAUACACAGUCCAUGCUACAUUAGGGCCUUGGGGUGCAGGGAGGGGGAUGGGGGACUCUGCCAUCUGCCAGUGGUGGGGCCCUCAUACUCGAACUGCACCCACUAAUCUUAAUGCAUUGUAGACAUAAACACACAACUCUCUCACACAUGUACAUGCACACGUCACAUUAACAUGGGACGGGGAAGCAGUGGGGGCUGAGGGCCCCCCCUAACUCUCUGUCUCUGGCCCUGCGAGGGUGGGGUGGCCCGGCAGGUAGAAGACGGCCCUGGCCGGUGUGGGCCGUCUCCUCUUGUGGGCUGCGGGCUGGGUGGUCCUUGGCUCUGCUGUGCCGUGGUGGAGCCCUGGCAGGUGGUCCGGGGUAUCUAGGGAUGCUCUGAGCCCUUCUAGGCGAAUUGGAGGGUUCGGUUUGGGCUGGGCGGGGGGUCUGCCGCUCCCCAGUUGA